AUGUCUCCUGCUAAAGCUGAUACUACGAAGAAAGGCGAUGCUAAAGCUCAGGCUUUGAAGACAGCGAAGGCUGUGAAAACAGGUUCAACCUUCAAAAAGAAAGCUAAGAAGAUCAGAACAAAAGUUACAUUCCAUCGUCCACGAACUUUGAAGACAGAUAGGAACCCUAAAUAUCCAAGAAUCAGUGCCCCACCAAGAAACAAAUUGGACCAUUAUCAGAUUCUCAAGUAUCCAUUGACUACUGAGUCUGCUAUGAAGAAGAUUGAGGACAACAACACUCUGGUUUUCAUUGUUGACAUUCGUGCUGACAAGAAGAAGAUCAAAGCUGCUGUGAAGAAAAUGUAUGACAUUCAGACCAAGAAAGUCAAUACCUUGAUCAGACCUGAUGGAACUAAGAAAGCCUAUGUGAGGUUAACUCCUGACUAUGAUGCCUUGGAUGUCGCUAACAAGAUUGGCAUCAUCUAAGUUUAGUUUGUGUUGAAAGUGUUGAGUUUUGUUAGUAUUUCGAAUUUUUAAACUUUUAUGGAUUCACAUUUGCUAAUGGAGGAUUUUUAAUAGUUUGUUACCUGUUGUUGGUUCUUUCUGAUAUUGUUUUUAUUUUUAUUUGCUAUUUUGGUUCAUUGGGUUUUAAAGUGUAUUUCUUGUUAAAAAAACAAACAAAUUACUCA